AUGAAAAUGACCGGAAACAGACAAAAAAAAGCAGAGUUUUAUAGAAGACUAGGAGAGCUUCUGUGUUCCUUAGGAGAAUAUGACAAAGGGAAAGAAUAUUUGAAGAUGGCACUUGCUAUCCAAAUAAAAAUUGGCGACAGAAAUGGAGAAGCAACAAGCUACGCGAGAAUUGGAGAACUGUUCAUGUCGCUUGGCAAAUAUGACACGGCCCGAGAAAACCUGGAGAAAGCUCUUGCUAUCCAAAUAGAAAUUGGCGACAGAAAUGGAGAGGCAACAAGCUACCAAAGCCUCGAAACAGUGUUCCAACGGCUUGGCAAAUACGACAAGGCCCGAGAAUACCUGGAGAAAGCUCUCGCUAUCCAAAUAGAAACUGGCGACAGACAUGGAGAGGCAACAGUCUAUGGGAGCCUCGGAAUAGUGUUCCAGUCGCUUGGCAAAUACGACAAGGCCCGAGAAUACCUGGAGAAAGCUCUCGCUAUCCAAUUAGAAACUGGCGACAGAAAAGGAGAGGCAGCAAGCUACACGAGCCUCGGACCAUCGUUCAUAUUGCUUGGCAAAUACGACAAGGCUCAAGAAUACCUAGAGAUAGCUCUCGCUAUCAAAAUAGAAACUGGCGACAGAAAAGGAGAGGCAGCAAGCUACACGAACCUCGGACCAUUGUUCAUAUCGCUUGGCAAAUACGUCAAGGCCCGAGAAUACCUGGAGAAAGCUCUCGCUAUCAAAGUAGAAAUUGGCGACAGAAAUGGAGAGGCAACAAGCUGCGCGAACCUCGGAGCACUGUUCAUAUCGCUUGGCAAAUACGACAAGGCUCAAGAAUACCUGGAGAAAGCUCUCGCUAUCAAAGUAGAAAUUGGCGACAGACAUGGAGAGGCAACAAUCUCUGGGAGCCUCGGAACAGUGUUCCAGUCGCUUGGCAAAUAUGACAAAGCCCAAGAAUACCUGGAGAUAGCUCUCGCUAUCCAAAUAGAAAUUGGCGACAGAGAUGGAGAGGCAACAAGCUACGGAAACCUCGGAACAGUGUUCAUAUCGCUUGGCAAAUACGACAAGGCCCGAGAAUACCUGGAGAAAGCUCUCGCUAUCAAAACAGAAAUUGGCGGCAGCGAUGGAGAGGCAACAAGCUACCAUAGCCUCGGAACAGUGUUCAUAUCGCUUGGCAAAUACGACAAGGCCCGAGAAUACCUGGAGAAAGCUCUCGCUAUCCAAAUAGAAAUUGGCAACAGACAUGGAGAGGCAGCAAGCUACGGAAACCUCGGAACUGUGUUCAUAUCGCUUGGCAAAUACGACAAGGCCCGAGAAUACCUGGAGAAAGCUCUCGCUAUCCAAAUAGAAAUUGGCGACAGAGAUGGAGAGGCAAAAAGCUACCAUAGCCUCGGAACAGUGUUCAUAUCGCUUGGCAAAUACGACAAGGCCCGAGAAUACCUGGAGAAAGCUCUCGCUAUCCAAAUAGAAAUUGGCGGCAGAGAUGGAGAGACAAGAAGCUACCAUAGCCUCGGAACAGUGUUCAUAUCGCUUGGCAAAUACGACAAGGCCCGAGAAUACCUGGAGAAAGCUCUCGCUAUCCAAAUAGAAAUUGGCAACAGACAUGGAGAGGCAGCAAGCUACGGAAACCUCGGAACAGUGUUCAUAUCGCUUGGCAAAUACGACAAGGCCCGAGAAUACCUGGAGAAAGCUCUUGCUAUCAAAAUAGAAAUUGGCGACAGAGAUGGAGAGGCAAAAAGCUACCAUAGCCUCGGAACAGUGUUCAUAUCGCUUGGCAAAUACGACAAGGCCCGAGAAUACCUGGAGAAAGCUCUCGCUAUCCAAAUAGAAAUUGGCGGCAGAGAUGGAGAGGCAACAAGCUACCAUAGCCUCGGAACAAUGUUCAUAUCGCUUGGCAAAUACGACAAGGCCCGAGAAUACCUGGAGAAAGCUCUCGCUAUCCAAAUAGAAAUUGGCAACAGACAUGGAGAGGCAGCAAGCUACGGAAACCUCGGAACAGUGUUCAUAUCGCUUGGCAAAUACGACAAGGCCCGAGAAUACCUGGAGAAAGCUCUCGCUAUCCAAAUAGAAAUUGGCGGCAGAGAUAGAGAGGCAACAAGCUACCAUAGCCUCGGAACAGUGUUUAUAUCGCUUCGCAAAUACGACAAGGCCCGAGAAUACCUGGAGAAAGCUCUCGCUAUCCAAAUAGAAAUUGGCGACAGACAUGGAGAGGCAACAAGCUACGGAAACCUCGGAACAGUGUUCAUAUCGCUUGGCAAAUACGACAAGGCCCGAGAACACCUGGAGAAAGCUCUCGCUAUCCAAAUAGAAAUUGGCAACAGACAUGGAGAGGCAACAAGCUACGGAAACUUCGGAACAGUGUUCAUAUCACUUGGCAAAUAUGACAAGGCCCAAGAAUACUUGGAGAAAGCUCUACGUAUUUACCCGAGAAUUGGCGACAGAAAAGGAGAGGCAAACACUUUAGUAAACCUUGUACAUUCGUUUCUGUCACUCGGUAAAUAUUUCAAGGCUGACAUUUUUUUGGAGAGAGCGAACGCAAUUUGGAGGGAAAUCGGUGACAGAAAAGGACAAGCAGAAUAUUUCAUAUGCCUUGGGAUAAUUUCUCAUAAGCGUGAUGAGUACGACAAUGCUCUAGGAUAUUUCAAGAAAGCCCUUCAAAUUCACAUGGAUAUUGGUACGGAAGAAGGUGUUGUUGUCAGUUGCGCAAAUUUAGGAUUGUGUUUUCAAUCGCUCGGUAAAUAUGACAUAGCCGAGGAAUACUUCAAGAAGGCUCUCUUACUAAGCAGGGAUAUUGGACACUUCUUGUAUGAGUUUCGAUGCCUUCUUGGUCUAACGGAGUUGAAGGUAUCACAAUUUGAUCUUGAAGAAGCCUUUUCGUCUCUUUUCCAAACCAUUGAAAUGUUUGACACUUUGCGAGGAUCUCUUAAAGACAACGAUGAGUUUAAAACAUCACUUUUGGAGACGCACGGCACCUUUCCCUACGAGUUACUCAGUCGUUUGCUUUCUUCCACGGCAAAGCCACAAGACGCUCUCUAUGUCGAGGAGCUGAGACGGGCGAGGGGCUUAGCCGACUUGAUGGCAGCUAGGUACUCUGUUGUAGAGCAGAUCUCAGGCGAUCCAAAAUCAUGGUAUGGGAUUCAAAACAUUGUCGCAAAGGAAACUGACUGUGCAUGCCUCUACAUUUCUGUUGGAAAAAAUGAUAUGCGCUACUGGAUUCUCAAAGCAACAGGGGCUAUUCUUUUUUCAGAUGAGGAAGUGAGCCUGGACAAAAACGUGGUGACCGGAUUAGUCCAUGACUUGGAUGAGUUUUUUACGGAAAGUUUCCGCGGCCUUGGCAUUUUACCCCAACAGAAUUGCGAAGAUCGAUCUCUAGAUGACACCGAAUCAAUGUCACUUUACCAUGAAAAUCACGUGCUCCUGCGUGAUUGUGACGACAAAGGUAUCAAAACAAAUCUUCACUUGUGCCACAAGAUAAUCAUCGCUCCUGUGGCCGCUUUACUGAAGGAGCCCGAAAUUAUCAUUGUUCCUGAUUCCUGUAUGUACCAGGUACCAUUUGCGGCUUUAACUGACGAUGGAGGAAACUUCGUAUCAGACACAUUAAGGUUACGCAUCGUUCCCUCUUUGACGACUUUAAAGCUUAUUCAGGACAGUCCUCCAUACUAUCACAGUCAAACAGGUGCACUGAUAGUGGGUGACCCUCAGGUUGGGGAGGUGAUUUACAAGGGAAGACGUAUGAAUAUAACACGAUUGCCAUGUGCAAGAAAGGAAGCAGAGAUGAUUGGAAGACUUCUUGGUGUGACACCUUUGAUUGGAGAUCGCGCGACAAAGCAGGCUGUACUUCAAGCAAUACAUUCAGUGAGUCUGAUCCAUUUAGCUACCCAUGGUGAUGCUGAAAGAGGAGAGAUUGUCCUCUCCCCAGAGUGUCCCGCUGACUAUGUUUCACGAGAAGAAGCCUUCCUCUUGACGAUGACAGACAUUUCACGAAUUAAGCUGUGA